AUGGAGAACCUUAGCUAUAGGUUAAGGAAUCUCAAACUCCACCUUAAAUGGUGGAACCGACAUAUCUAUGGGAAUGUCCAUACCCAGGUUGAUGCACUGCAAAAAGAGUUAGCAAAAGUUGAAAGACUACUGCAAGCUAGAUAUUCAGAUGCUGCUUGGGAAAGGAGGAGUAGAGUGAGAGACCAACUUGAUGAGGUUGUGCGACAACAGGAGUUAUUCUAUCUCCAAAAAUCACGCAUCCAGUGGUUACAAGAGGGUGAUAGAAACACUCGUUUCUUUCAUACAUCGGUCGCUCACCGCUCACGUUCAGAUUAUACCUCCCUUUUAGAGACAUAUGAUCAGGACCUUUCCCGCAUGCAGGAGGCAGGGGUUGAGUACUUUUGUACUCUCUUAACCUCUCAGCCGAUCAAGAUUUCUGAUGAUAUGCUCACUUUGAUCCCAUCAUUAGCCACUCACCAUGAGAGCUCUCUCACGACGGCCAUACCCACGGGAGAAGAGAUCAAGGAAGUAGUUUUCUCUAUGAGCAGACAUUAUGCACCCGGGCCCGAUGGUUUCCCAGUUGAUUUUUAUGUUUCAUGUUGGGAUAUCGUUGGCACUGAUCUCAUUAAGGCUAUCAAGGAAAUCUUUCGUCAUAAAGUCUUUACACGAAGUUGGAAGACCACCUUCUUUGCACUCAUAUCGAAGGUGACUACCCCAACUUCAUUUAGAGACUUUCGACCUAUUAGUUUAUGUAAUGUGUGUUAUAAAGUUGUAUCUAAGAUCGUUAUACGUAGAUUGAGUAGUUUCUUUGAUAGACUUAUAUCUCCAGAGCAAUGCAGAUUUGUCAAGGGACGGUACAUUCACGAUAACAUCAUGUUAGUACAUGAACUAGCACAGUCUCUUGGCCAUGACUGUCGAGGCUCCAACAUCAUCAUCAAAUUAGACAUGGAGAAGGCCUUUGAUAGGAUAGAGUGGAGUUUCCUCAUUAAGGUUCUUAGAUGCUUUAGGUUCACCGACGACUUCAUUGACUUAGUCGAUGCAUGUGUUAGGGAGAAUCACUUCUCUUUAUUGGUGAAUGGUAGCUCUACACCAUUCUUCACGGCCACGAGAGGUCUAUGA